AUGCUGUCAUGGAAUGUGAGGGGUUUGAAUAAUCCUCAUAAGAGAGAUGUUGUGAAGAAUCUUUUAAGGGAAUGGAAGUGUGAUAUAGUAUGCUUGCAAGAAUCUAAACUAGACAGUACCAGUUCCAGCUUGGUUAAAAGUCUCUGGGGUAGCCCUUUUGUAGACUGGGGGGCCUUAGAUGCCAUACAUACAAUUGAGGGUGUCAUUCUGAUGUGGGAUAAAAGGGUUGUUGAGAGGGUAGAUUCAGUGGUUGGAAGUUUUUCAAUUUCAAUUGUAUUGAAGGGUGUGUUAGAUGGCUUUGAAUGGAUUUGUUCAGGGGUGUAUGGACCAACUGACGGAAGUCUUAGGGAUGCAAUGUGGGCAGAAUUAGACUUAGUGAGAUCACGGUGGGCUGGGGCUUGGUGCUUGUUUGGAGAUUUCAAUGUUAUCCGUUAUCCGGCUAAGAGACUUCGCUGUAAUUCUUUUAGUCCUGCUAUGUUUAAAUUCUCAGAUUUCAUUGCUAAACAUUCACUGAUUGAUUUGCCUUUGGUAGGAGGUGAAUAUACUUGGUUUCGUGAUUUUGAUAGUCCUUCUAUGUCUAAACUUGAUAGAGUUUUGAUGACAACAGAUUGGGAAGAGCAUUUCUUAAAUGUGACUCGAACUCUCCCUAGGGUAGUGUCGGAUCAUUGUCCUUUGCUAGUGGAGGCAAGUGGUAUGUCGAGGGGGAAGAGUCCUUUUAGAUUUGAAAAUAUGUGGUUAAAGGUGGAGGGUUUUGUGGAUAAGGUUCAUCAUUGGUGGAAUGGUUAUCAUUUUGUGGGACCUCCAAGUUAUGUUCUAGCUUGUAAGCUGAAAGCCCUUAAAAGUGAUUUGAAGCACUGGAAUAAGCAUGUUUUUGGAGAUGUAGCUUUUAGAAAAAAGAGUCUUUUGACCGAGCUCUUAGACAUUGACAUGAGAGAAGGGAGGCAAAAGUCCAAGGCUCUGUUUAUCAAAGAGGGUGAUAACAACACACGGUUCUUUCAUAGAAUUGCCAAUUCCCAUAGGCGAACCAAUCAAAUUAGGGGUGUGGAGGUGGAUGGCGUUCUCUUUGAGGAGGAGUCAGAUAUUACAGAUCAGGUGGUGGAUUUUUAUAAGAGAUUAUAUCAAGAACCAGAAGCUUGGAGACCUACUAUUGAUGGGUUAGAGUUCGCUUGUCUAGACGAAAUUGAGAGGUCUAUGUUAGAGAGAGAGUUUGAGAAGGAGGAGAUUAUUGAGACUCUUAAGGAUGCGGAAGGUGAUAAGGCCCUUGGGCCAGAUGGGUUUACCAUGGCGUUCUUUCAGAAAUGCUGGAGUGUUUUAGAAGGGGAUAUAUUGGCUUUCUUCAAAGAUUUCCAUAGCCAUCUUGUGGGUAGCCUUUAUAAAUUGUUGGCUAAGGUGUUGGCUCAUAGGCUUCGAGGAGUGUUGGAUAAAUUGAUAUUCGACUCUCAAAAUUCUUUUGUGGGAGGGAGACAAAUUCUUGAUUUGGUUCUUAUUGCUAAUGAAUGCUUAGACAGCAGGUUGAAGAGUGGUAUUCCUGGUGUUAUAAUAAAGCUGGACAUUGAGAAGGCUUAUGAUCAUGUGAAUUGGAAUGCACUAUUUUACCUUAGGAUAGGAUGGGCUUUGGGGCAAGGUGGAGUAGGUGGAUUAAGGGAACAGUUAUUAUACGUGCGGAUGGUGCUGAUUUUCUUUGAAGCUAUUAUAGGCUUGAAAGUUAAUGUAGGCAAGAGUGAGAUUGUUCUUGUUGGCGAUGUCGGGGAUUUGAAUGGUUUGGCUCGUAUCCUUUGUUGUAAGGUGGGCACUCUGCCUAUGAGAUGUUUGGGCAUGCCUAAGGAUUCAUCAAUUUGGAAUCCUAUUAUUGAAAAGAUGGAGAAACGGCUGGCUGGAUGGAAAUGA